ACUUUCAUCGUCGUGUUCUUUACUCCUGCAUACUAAACAGCACACAUUUACAUAGGGCAUGUUAAGUUCUGCCAAUGUCGGUGCUAUAACUCGCUGCCAUGCAAACAAACGUUGUGUGAAGACACAGUGUGGUUUGUGAAAGGCACGAGCGCAGCGUCGAUUGGUGCACUCGUAGCUGUGGAGCUGCACAGAGGGGCUGCAUCACGAGCGCUAGGAUUCCUCAACAGCUCUUGUUUUGAAGUUGAUUUGACUCACUUCCCGAAAGACAAACGUGUAACGCAAAACAAAAGUGGAAUCCCCGAUUCAUUUCGAUUCACUUGUCUCUCAGUCCAGCUGGCAGGCAUAAGUAGAAGAAUCCGUCGCGCAUCAGUACAGUCGAUGCGAAUGGACACAUGAGCAGUUGGGCGGCGGGCUGUAUUGCUCCGUUCUGAAGGUGUGUUUGUACGGUGGCUGGCGGGCAUAAGUUGGAGAGCACUGAGAGGAGUUUGUCCGAUUUGCCAAUGCGAACACUUCAGAACCAAGGACAGAUCCAAACCGCUGCCUGGCAAACAUGCUCAAAGUGAACAACAUCUGGACUCCGCUCGUCACAUCUAGCUCUGCACGUUGUCUGUGUAUUGACGCACGGCUUGUGGAAACGAGACCUGCAGAUCUAUCCGGCAAGACAUCCAGUGCUACAACCAGGAAAUAUCAAACAUGCUGCACAAGAAAGAAGACUUAAAAGUGAUCUGCCUCCAGACGCUGUAAACCUCUGCUCCUUUGUACUUCAGCCAGCUGAAUCCUGCUACCUGAUCCUGCCAUGCUGAGUGUAGCGCUAUGCCCCGGGUCGUUGGCCAAUUCGGCCCAUUAUUGGCCUCUCUACAUGCUCCUGCUGGAGCUGCUGAUAUCAGGGGUCCUGCCCAACAUCUCCAGAUUACCACCUGCGGCCAAACGUGAGAUCAUCAUGGAUGGGGACUUGGUGAUUGGAGGCCUUUUCCCAGUGCACCAAAAAGGUGAUGGGAUGGAGGACUGUGGUAAGAUCAACGAGGCGAGGGGGAUCCAGAGACUGGAAGCCAUGCUGCUGGCACUUGAUGAGAUUAACUCCAGCGAGCACAUCCUUCCCGGAAUCCAGCUGGGGGCCCACAUCCUGGACAGCUGCUCGAAGGACACUUAUGCUCUGGAGCAGUCUCUAGAUUUCGUCAGGGCCUCCCUCACCAAGGUGCAUGAUCCAGGCUUUAUCUGCCCAGAUGGCUCCAGACCCGUCCAAAACGAGGUUCCACUCGCCAUCUCUGGGGUCAUUGGAGGAUCCUAUAGUGAUGUUUCAAUUCAGGUGGCCAACCUCCUGCGAUUGUUUCAGAUCCCUCAGAUAAGCUAUGCCUCCACCAGUUCAAAGCUCAGCGAUAAAACCCGCUAUGACUACUUUGCCCGCACUGUCCCCCCUGACUUCUACCAAGCCAAGGCCAUUGCCGAGAUCUUGCGUUUCUUCAACUGGACCUACGUGUCAACAGUAGCAUCAGAGGGCGACUAUGGGGAGACGGGCAUUGAUGCCUUCCAACAGGAGGCCCGCACUCGCCAAAUCUGCAUUGCCACUUCAGCCAAAGUGAGCCGCUCCAUGAACCGCCAGGGCUACGAUAAUGUGAUCCGCGCUCUACAGCAAAAGUCCAACGCCAAGGUGGUCAUUGUUUUCGCACGCAGUGAAGAUGCCCGUGAGCUGCUGGUGGCUGCUGCUCGCAUGAACGCCACGUUCACCUGGGUGGCCAGCGAUGGAUGGGGGGCGCAGGAGAGUGUGGUGAGGGGAAGCGAGACGGCAGCAGACAGGGCUUUCACCAUCGAGCUGGCCUCCUAUCCAAUUAGAGAGUUUGAAGACUACUUCACCAAGCUCAACCCAUACACCAACACAAGAAACCCAUGGUUUAAAGAGUUCUGGGAGCACCGCUUUGGCUGUAGCCUCCAGGAACCUGGCUGCAGUGAGCACAGUCUACGAGAUGGGGCUUUUGAGCAGGAGUCCAAGAUCAUGUUUGUGGUAAAUGCAGUCUAUGCCAUGGCCUAUGCUCUGCACAACAUGAGGCAAGCUGUAUGCUCCAACACAUCCAAGAUCUGUGAUGCCAUGAAACCAGGUAACGGCAAGAGGUUCUAUAAGGAGUUCAUCUUGAAGACCAAGUUUGAAGCUCCAUUCAGACCUGUGGACACACAGAAUAUGGUGCGCUUUGACUCUUUUGGUGACAGCAUCAGCCGCUACAACAUCUUUCAUUACCACCAAGAAGAGGGGAAGUUUGUCUACAGGAAGGUGGGCUACUGGGACCAGAACCUGACCCUGAACACCAGCCUGGUACCCUGGCCUGACCUUGUUCCACCUACAUCCCAGUGCAGUGACCCCUGCAGGAAGAACGAGGUGAAGAGCAUGCAGCCUGGAGAUGUGUGCUGCUGGAUCUGUAUCCCUUGUCAGCCCUACCAGUACCUGCAGGAUGAGUUUACCUGUGCUGACUGCAGCUUCGGUCAGUGGCCCCUGGCUAACUUGACUGGAUGCUAUGAUCUUCCUGAAGAAUACAUCCGGUGGGAGGAUGUGUGGGCCAUUGGGCCUGUCACCAUCUCCUGCCUUGGUAUACUGUGUACUCUGUCAGUAGUGGGCCUGUUCCUCAAGCACAAUGAGACGCCUGUAGUUAAAGCAAGUGGACGUGAACUCUCUUACAUCCUCUUGUUGGGAGUGCUGAUGUGCUACCUCAUGACCUUCAUCUACAUAACCAAACCUUCCACUACUGUUUGCACCCUACGUCGACUUGGCCUGGGCACCUCAUUCGCCGUAUGUUACUCAGCUCUUCUAACAAAGACCAACCGUAUUGCUCGCAUCUUCAGCGGGGUGAAGGAUGGAGCCCAGAGACCACGCUUCAUCAGCCCAGCCUCCCAGGUAGCGAUCUGCGGCGCUCUUAUCUCUUGCCAGCUGCUGGUGGCUGUUAUCUGGCUGCUCGUGGAAGUGCCAGGGGUUCAGAAGGAGGUGAGCCCGGAGAGGAGAGACAUUGUCACCCUAAAGUGCAGCAGCAGGGACUCAAGCAUGCUGUUGUCACUCACCUACAACUGCAUCCUUAUCCUCCUCUGCACAGUCUACGCCUUCAAGACACGAAAGUGCCCUGAAAACUUCAAUGAGGCCAAGUUCAUUGGCUUCACCAUGUACACCACCUGCAUCAUCUGGCUUGCUUUCCAACCCAUCUUCUAUGUAACUGCCAGCGACUACAGGGUGCAGACCACCACCAUGUGCAUCUCCGUCAGUCUGAGUGGUUCGGUGGUUCUCGGCUGCCUCUUUGCCCCCAAAGUGCACAUCAUCCUGUUUCAGCCCCAGAAAAAUGUGGCCUCACUGAGAGUCACAGCCAACCGCUUCAGUGCCACAGUGUCUGCCUCUGCCACUGGCUCUGCCUCCGCCUCUGUUCCCAGCUCCAACUACUCUAAAGGAUCAGCCUCUAACUACGUGCCAGCAGUUUGUAAUGGUCGCGAGGUGGUAGACUCUACAACAUCCUCUUUGUGAAAAAAUGUUCCUCUCUAAGCACACCAUGACACCGUGCCAUCACCCGUCCAUCAAACAGAGCCGUGUAUGAGCGAGCCCCCAUGCCAUUCAACAUGCUGCAGAAAGAUAACUCUGUCUGGGUAGGCUGACUGACAGUGGCAAGGGGAACUCUUUAACUGUGAAAGCUAAAUGAUGUUCCUACAGCGAGCAGCAUGUAUCAAUUGUAAAGCCUUUUUGUAUAGAUUUAAUAUGCUGUGAUCUUCUUGGUUUACAGAUACAGUAGAUGUGAUUAAAUGCAUCGUGCCUUGUCCUAAAGAGUCUUGUUGUCAAAUGGGUGGUUGUGAAGCAAUAGUGUUAAACAAAACAAAAGGCUAUUCUUAUCUUGUACUUACAGUUCUGUGAACAUAUCCAAAUGUCGUAGACAAAAAAAUAUAUAUACUAGGAAAUAAACAUAGCCAUUCUGUCCUAUAAAAUAUGUGAUUAACCAUAGUGAUUGUGAUGAAAAGUAGGUAACUAGGCAAUAUAAAAGGACGUGUUAAUGUAGACUGGUAAAAACAGUUUGUGCUUUCCUGUAAUUUAUGUAAAUAAAAUGUUUUGUUUUUUUAAUAUUAAAAGAUGAAAUACCGCUAUGUUGGAGUUCACCCUUGCAAUUCUUGGCACAAUUCAGAGACAAUAACAGCUUUGGCACAAAGGAUUGAAGUUUUUUCCCCACUUCAAAACCAAAUUAACAUAAUGUCUUUUGUGGAAUCAACAUAUUGGAUUGCUUCUUAUUUAACCAAAGUGAAGAAGCAACAAGCUGAAGAUGUUAACUUUGUUACUUUUUUUUUAACACCCAACAGGCACAGCAUGCUUUUUUCAUCUGCUCAAUCACCAACACUUGUAUUUGAUGCAUAGAUCUCUAAGCUGUGACUAUUGAUGUAACUACUAGUCUAGUAUGUGAAAUUAUAUAUGUACAGUGCCUAUAAAAUGUAUUCACCCAA